AUGACAGAUUUAUUAGAAAGAAGCAUUCAUUUGAUCAACAAUUUCGUAAGUCAAUGGACAAAGAAAUAUUUAUAUUACACAAGCUAUAUUGAAGAAACUACUUCAGGACAUACGUAAGUCAUAAACUUUAAUUUUUAGUUUUAUGACAGUUUUCUCAUUACCAACUCCAUCAAAUCCAAUUCCUGUUGCAACAGUUAAAGUGUAUUUCUAUAUACCAGAUUUGACAGAUCCAUCUGAAAAAACUAUGUCAUUUAGAUUUGAAAAUGAUUCACUUAUACAUUUAGUUAAUCGAACUAUUCGAAUAUCAUAAAUGGAAGUAAAUAAAUUAAUUUUAAAUUUAAGAAAUGGAUUGAAACUAUAUUAGCACGUAAAGAUAGAACAUGUAGAAUAAUGUUUUUAGGAACAGAAUUUGAAUAAACAAGAAUUAUUAAUAAAAGAAUGGAUGAAGUAUUAUAUGAAAAAUAACCAGAAUAAGAAAAGGAGAAUUUAGUCAUUUAACCAGAAUUAUUAGAACAUGAUUAAGAAUUAGUAAAUUAAUUUACAAUCACAGAAGAAGAAAAAAUAAGAGAAAUUAAAAUGUUAACUGAACUCCUAUAUUAAUGUUUUAGAUAAAUUGAUAAAGAUGAUAUGGGAGUAAUAUCUUAUGAAGAAGGUGGUUAAUUAUUUUUAUUAAUGGGUUUACAUCUAGGAAAACAUUAAUUAGAGGAUACACUCAAUAGAUUAGAUGUUUCAAGAACAGGAAUUCUAUAAUUUAAAGACAUUUCAUCAUUUGGAAUUGAAAUAUUACAUUCAAUCUAUUGUUAAAAUUAAGCACUUAAAGAAUUAAGAGAAAAAGAAGAAGAAAGUAGAUUUGAAGCAUAAUGGAUGUUAUCUACUGAUCUUAGAAAUGUUUAUAAAAAAAUAGUAGAAUAAUGUAAACUUAAGGAUGAAGAUGAAAUUCAUUCUGUUAAUUAAAAUGUAUUCCAAUAAAUUUUAGAAGAAGUACAAUUUAUAUUAUUAUCAUUUAGUAAUAAUUCUUUACUGAAGAUGAAAUCAAAUAAAUAAUGGAAAUAAUUGGAUAAAAGGAUGUGGAAUAUUAAACUAGUGAUAAAGUAUUGGAAGAAACUAUAUUUGAAAAUUUAGUAAAAGGUUUAUUAGAAGCUUAAAGAAGUAAAAUGGAAGUGUUUUUACUUGAACAUUUUAAAAGAUAAGAUAAAGAUAAUACUGGAUUAAUUAAAAUCAAUGAAUUAAUGAUUGCUUUGAAAAAUUGUGAGAAAAUUAAAUUAUCUAAAGUUCAAGUAUUAAUUUACAUCUUAUAAUUAGUUAUAUUCAUUACAAAGUUAUAUUAAAAGAAAUGAUAAGGAUUCAGUAAAUUAUAAAUAAGAAGCUAGAAAAAUUGGAGCUAUUAUUAAAAAGUUCUUUAAUAUUGAUUUAAUGGAAUAGAGGGUAUUCAUUUGAUAUCAUUUUUACAGUCACGUUUACCUUAACAUACAAAAAUUGAUGCAUAUAUUCCAUUAAAAACACCUGAAUAAAUAUAAGAGUAGAUUAAAAAGGUUGGAUCAUGA